AGCUGACAGCCGCUGGGUCACACCUGGGUUGUUAGGAGCGAGUUGGGCAGAAGAGCCAGAGCGCUGAGGCGGGGAGGAGGUUCGCAGCUGCAUCCUCUUAGUAGGAAGGCAGAUGAUACUCAGAUGCCAUUGACUUUCAUCCAGUUGAUGACAAGGAAGAAAACAGAAAUAAAUCAAGACCCAAAAGAGCCUGAAUAAUGACACUGGGGAAUCAGUGACCUGCCUGCACAGAGUGGAAUAUUUUUCAGAGAACCUAUCUAUCAUCCACCUUGCCUCAUAGCCCUGUACUUGCUUACCCAAAAGAGAAUUUAGAAUUUUGCAGUUGGACACCAAAAACUUCCUGAAGCAAAACAAGACUUUUGUUGCAGAUUUUGUUUUGUCCUUGAAUCUUUAAAUCAUCUGGACUGUCAUUCCAGCUUUUUAACUUUGGUAAUUUAAGCCAGAUUGGUUACUUUUAUUUUUGUAUUCACUUUUCAAAAUGAUUGACUUAAGCUUCUUGACGGAGGAGGAGCAAGAGGCCAUCAUGAAGGUUCUACAGCGGGAUGCAUCCCUGAAGAGGAAGGAGGAAGAGAGAGUCAGACAUUUGCCGGAAAAAAUUAAAGAUGACCAACAACUGAAGAAUAUGAGUGGCCAGUGGUUUUAUGAAGCUAAGGCAAAAAGGCACAGAGACAGAAUCCAUGGCACAGAUAUCAUUAGAGCAUCCAUGAGGAAGAAGAGGUUCCAAGUGACAGCUGAGCAAAGUAAAGAUACAGCAAAUGGAGCAAAGGAAAGAUGGGUGAAUAAUGUCAACAAGAAUACUCUCUUUCCUCCAGAGAUAGCUGGUGUUGCAGAAGAGCCAGAAGAAGAUACAGCACCAGCAAGCUCAAGUUCCACCACGGUCCACACAGCUUCUACCAUGAUGGAUAUGCCCCAGGAAAACAGAAAGAAAUCAUCUGUGUCUCCAUCCAAGCAAAGAAAGAAUCCAUUUAAUAGCUCAGAGUUGCCAGAAGAUCACUUAUCUCAACAAACCAAAAAUGAGCAGUCAAGAAAUGAAAGGGCUGGUUUCUCUCCAACUUCAAAAGAGGAUGAAUUGUCAAAAUCAAAAGAAAAUUCAUCUGUCUUAGAUAUUUCAAGUGAAAAAUUGGAAAAAACAAAGCAGACUUUUCCAGUUUUCGAAAAUCACUCCCAGAUCAAGGCCCCAGUCCCCAGAGCCAGGAAAAUGAUCAACAAAUCAAAUGAUUUAAAGCAAGAUGAUAACCAGCCAUUUCCUAGACUGAGGACAGACUCCUUAAAUACAAAAGCAACUCCAAGAGGUAUCCUAAAGCGAAACUCCAGUUCCAGCAGCACAGAUUCAGAAAUUAUUCGUUUUCCUCAGAACUCUGAACACAAAAGCAAAACUGUGCCACCUGGCCUGACCAUUCAUGAGAGAAUUUCUGAGAAGGGGCAUUCUUUAGAAGAUGACAACUCUUCAAACUCACCAGAACCAUUAAAACAUGUGAGAUUCUCAUCAGUGAAGGAGGAGCUUCCCCAAAGUCCUGAGAUAAUCCAUGUCCAGAAAGGGGGAGAAUUUAACUUGUUCGAAGCUGACAGGUUGAAGAAUGGGAACAAAGAUGCAGAGGCCCUAAAAGCAUUUUGGAAUGGCCUUGAGCCUUCCCAAAAUAGAAAGCCUUUGCAUUUUCAUCAGUCAGACACUAGGCCAAGUGCAUCAAAAAAUGAAGCACAUCAGCUUCCUGUUCAUGGACAUUCUUCUUCCUCAGAAGUUUUAACUCCAAGACCACAAUCUGUUGAGAACUUGCCUACUAUCAAUGAAGACAGAACAAAAUCACCAGAAUUACUAAGGCCUGCAUCAGAGUUAACCCAAAGCCCUGCUGAUGAAUUGUCUCAUGUUGAACCUGAGUCAUCUCAGGUACCAGAUCACAAUGCUAAAGAACAUCAGCAAGGUAAGCCCAUUAUUCUCAAGGGCCUAAAAGCUAAGAUGUCCUCACACUCUGAUCCAUUUGGCUCUGAGAUAAGGAAGACAGUUGAUGAUUCCAUAUCUAAAGUUCUAGACUGGUUUAACAGAAGUACACAUUCAGAUGACAGUAAGUCAUCUAUCCAACAUUCCCAAGAAACAGAGCCCAAAGAAAAAGACUCAGAAUUACAGACUGCCUUGUUGAUAGAUGACACCAGUUUAAAAGAAUGUGACUCAAAACUUCCAUCAUCCACCAAAAAUGAACUAACAUCUAUGGAUUCUACAUUACAAAUAAAGAGAAAUAUUUCACCUUCUAGAAAUUUCCAAGAUAAUAAUGUAAACAUCAAAUCCAAACCUAUUAAAUUAUUUCAACAAGUCAAAGAAAGAUCAGACAUAUUGCAAUCAUUUGAAAUUUAUAGUUCAAAUAAAGAGAAUAAAAAUAUGGACAAUGGUCAAGUUUCAGAAAACAUAAGAGAAGAAAGUAGAGUAUUCUUCCCAUCCAGCAACAAUUCCUACAUUAAUCACAAAGGACAUGAUGCAGAAGAUCCAUAUCCAUGCAACAUUAUGGACAUUGGCAGCCUGGCUGAAGAAGAGCCGAAACUUUAUGUUUAUGAAAAAUCUAGAGAAAAUUUAGAAGUGAAAUUUGACUCCUCAACAAUUGCCAUAGAACCCAGUUUGAAAGAUACCAUGACAACAGAGGGAAGUAAUAAAAUUUCUGUAGUGCCAAGGAAUAUUGAGUUACAAUCUAGGACUGUCAACAACUUAUCUCCUUGGAAGAAGCCUGGGCUCCCACUACAAGAAACAGAUGAGGUCACCAAGAGCCAAGUACAAAGAGAAAAAUACAAACGAGUGAGUGACAGAAUAUCUUUUUGGGAAGGUGAGACAGCAUUUUCCAAACUAAAUAAUAAAGAAAAAGAACCAACAUCUUCACACAGUCAAGGACAAGUGUCUAAAGCUGUCAAAUUACAAGAUAUGUUCAGGGAUAGUUUUUCUAUAGAUGAGGGUGAAUAUCAUCAAGUCACUGCCAAACAGGUGUUCCUAGAAGAGGAUGAUGAUGAUGCAACCCAUCUUUCCCAUUUUUAUACCUCAGAUAAACCUAAAGAAUUCAGUCUUCAAAUAUCAGACCCAGUUGAAAAUUUUCCUUUGAAUGAGCAAUCAGAUAAAGCAGCUCCUUUUUUGAAUAAUGCCAAUGAAUCUAUAAAAACAUUGCCAGCAACAGACAGUUUGUAUUCUGGAAAGAACAGUAUUUUACCAUCAUUCCAAUUACCUUCAAAUAUUAGGAGUGAAAUACAUACUCCUGUUCAGAAAGACAUGUCUCUAAUUGGUGACUCAAACACCAACUUUAAAGUUAUGUCCUUGAAACAAAGAAUAGAUGAAUCCAAUACAGACCAGUGCUAUAAUCAUGUUCAAUUUGAGAAUUUGAGGAAGUUUUGGAAUUUAGGAGCCAAUGCAAACAAUAGGGGAAAUGUUGAGAAGAGUAAUACUACAAGAACACAAAAAACUGAGACUUUGAGCAGCCAGGACCACAAAGAAUUCAAUGUCAUUAGGUCACCAGGAAAAAAUACCCAUGAAGCAGAGACAUCUCUUCACCAAAGGAAUGUUUUAACAGGAGAGAAAAUAGAAAAUUCCAAGUGCACAAACCAGAUGUUACCAGAUGAAAGCACAUUUCCAUUGGGACCACCCAUAAAGUCCACUCAUUUCCUGGGAAAUGAGUUAUCAGAGGAACCUUUGGAAAGUAAUAUGGAAUGGCUUAUUACUCCAGUGUUAAAGGAAGACAAUGAUUAUUUAGACCAAGAAAUUCAUGAAUCUAUAGUAAAAACAAGUGUUUCAUCUAAAGAUUACAAAGAUGCUUUUAAUGACAGCCUGGAGAAACUUCUUUCAGAAACAUCAUUAUCUUCAACCAGACCUGGUCGUGGAAAACAAGAGCUAGCAUCAGGGGUUUCUGAAAAUAGGACCUCUCCAAAAAAUUCGGAUCUUGCAUAUACCAAAGAAGAAUCUAUAGGACCUGAGGAGAUUAUUGAUGAGCAUGUGUACAAAACAGUAGCUUCUCCUAGGGUUAAACCAAACACUUGGACUGCUAAUCUACAGAAACUCCUAAAGGAAGCAACAGGAAGUUCACCAUCUCUUUCACAAAUAAACCUGGAUUCCACUACCACUAAGAUCAAUUCUGAACCUGAUGAGAAUAGAAUUUUUGAAGAUGAGACAGAAGGGAAUUACAACAUAUUAGCCUAUCAGAGAAAAGUAAAAACUAUUUUUCCAGAGGGGAAAAAAAUACUAGGAAAUACAAUUCUCCCCCAGAAAUCAGAAAGUGGUGAAUGCAAGAAAAACAUGAAGAAAUUGUUUCAGAUGACUGAAGAAGAUUCUUACCCUUUGGCUCCAUCUUCCCAUCUUCACAAUCAGUGUUCUUCUUCAAAUGUUCCCAAUUCUCCUCAGAUUAUGCUUUCUUUCCAGGAUACUCAUCUUGCUCCUUAUAAGGCACUAACUCAGCAAAGGGAAAUCUCAGAGACUAUCGAAAAAGUAGUUCUUCCUCCUAAAACUACAUCGAAUGACAUAAAUACUGCAUUGAAAAACCUUCUUAAAGAAGCUUGGUUCAGUUAUCCAACUGUAGGUGAAGUAGAUCCUGCAGAAUUGAAAACAGAAUUUCCUGGACCGGAACAGACAAUAGGCCACUCCCCAAAGUCUCCUGAACUAAUGGCAGGAGAGGCUACAAAGUGUGAUAUAAUUCCAGACAAAAAAGAUUUUUAUUCCUUUAAUGUAGUUCCUAUUAAAUCUUCUACAAUUGGAUCUCAUUUACCUGCCCAGUUGUCCCCUUCAGAACAAAUCUUUAACCCAUCUAAUUCUACUGUUGCUCAGUGUGAUAAAGAGUUCCCUCAGGAAGUUAUAGAAAUUGUGAAGGAAACAAUUAUUCAACCGAAAUCAGAACUCCUUGAGUUCCAUGCUGCCAUAGAAAGACUGCUGAAGGAAACAAAUGAAAUUUCCUCCUCAAAGCAUGAAAGUCAUAGUGGUACUCUUUCUCCUUUAGAGAUAACUGGGAUCACCAAACAAGUUGCCUCUGAAUUUCAUCCUGAGGAAAUAAAAGAAACCAUAAAGAAGUCUGAAGUUCCAUCAGUAACUGAAAGUGCUUUUGAUAUUGGUUUUGAGAAACUUUUUAAAGAAAUAUCUGAAUCUCCUUAUCAGCCCCAGGUGUCCAGGAAGGAAGAAACUUCUAAGAAGAGGCUUUCACAAUCAGAACAGACCAGGUUCUUGGAUAUAUUACCCCAUUUUUACCAGAUACCCAAUGAGGUCCUAGAAAUGAAGCAUAAGAGUAAUGUUUUAAAAUCUCAAGUCAACAAGUGUGAUAAAGUAAUAGAUGGAGAUAAAGGUUUAACUGAUUUAUCUGUAGAACUCUCUGGUUCUGAAAAUGGACUUGAUAUGCCUGAAGCCACACAAUUUUGUAUGAAUUUUAAAACAGGUACUAUUGAAACUAUGAAUUUCUCAGAUCACAGAGACAGUAUAUAUGAGGUUCAAGACAUUCAAGAAGAUACUUUUCUGGAGUCUGGCUUUAAAAUGAUUACUGAUGCAAUGAAUGAAUCCAGAAACAGACAACCAAUUCCUCUUCUAACAGACAAAGAAAACCCUAGAACAAGCAACAUUGAAUUGUUUCUGGCAUCACCAUAUAAUAGACACGAGAAAGAAGAGGAAAAAGAAGGCUUUUCUGAUUCUGAUUUUUCAGGUGGAAACAUUGGUUCUAAUGCAGAAAGCUGGAGAACUACUUCCAGUUCAGAGGAAGAACCCAGUCCUGUUUUGAAAGCUCUGGAAAGGAGUGCUGCUAGGAAAAUGCCUUCCAAAAGUCUAGAAGACAUUUCAUCUGAUUCAUCAAAUCAAGCCAAAGUAGAUAAUCUGCCAGAAGAAUUAGUACGUAGUGCAGAAGAUGAUCAAAAAGCAGAUCAGGAACCAGACACAAAUGAAUGCAUUCCAGGAAUUUCCACAGUGCCUUCUCAACCUGGUAAUCAGUUUUCCCAUCCUGACAAACUCAAAAGGAUGAGCAAGUCUGUUCCAGAAUUCCUCCAAGAUGAGAGUGAUGGCAGAGAAACAGAUACAGCAUCAGAAAGCAGUUACCAGCUCAGCAGAUACAAGAAGAGCCCUGGCUCUUUAACCAAUCUUAGCAGCUCCUCUGGCAUGACGUCCUUGUCUUCUGUGAGUGGCAGUGUGAUGAGUGUUUACAGCGGUGACUUUGGCAAUCUGGAAGUUAAAGGAAAUAUUCAAUUUGCAAUUGACUACAUGGACUCUCUGCAGGAAUUGCAUGUUUUUGUGGCCCAGUGCAAAGACUUAGCAGCAGCAGACAUUAAAAAGCAGCGUUCAGACCCAUAUGUAAAGACCUAUUUAUUACCAGACAAAGGUAAAAUGGGCAAGAAGAAAACACUUGUAGUGAAGAAAACAUUGAAUCCUGUGUAUAACGAAAUCUUGCGGUACAAAGUUGAAAAAAAAAUCUUAAAGACACAGAAGCUGAACCUGUCUGUUUGGCAUAGAGAUACGUUUAAGCGCAACAGUUUUCUAGGAGAAGUGGAACUUGACUUGGAAAAUUGGGAUUGGGAUAACAAAGAGAAUAAACAAUUGAAAUGGUAUCCUCUGAAGCGAAAAACUGCACCAAUUGCUCUUGAAGCAGAAAACAGAGGUGAAAUGAAGUUAGCUCUUCAGUAUGUCCCAGAGCCAAUUCUUGAUAAGAAGCUUUCUACCACUGGAGAAGUGCACAUCUGGGUGAAGGAGUGCAUUGAUCUACCACAACUAAGGGGCAGCCAUCUAAAUUCCUUUGUAAAAUGUACCAUCCUUCCAGAUACAAGUAGGAAAAGUCGCCAGAAGACAAGAGCUGUAGGAAAAACCACCAACCCCAUCUUCAACCACACUAUGGUGUAUGAUGGAUUCAGACCUGAAGAUCUGAUGGAAGCUUGUGUUGAGCUUACUGUCUGGGACCACUACAAAUUGACCAACCAGUUUUUGGGAGGUCUGAGAAUCGGUUUUGGAACAGGUGAGAGCUAUGGUACUGAAGUGGACUGGAUGGACUCUACUGCAGAUGAAGUUGCUCUCUGGGAAAAGAUGGUAAACUCCCCCAAUACUUGGGUUGAAGCAACUCUGCCUCUCAGAAUGCUGCUGAUUGCCAAGAUUUCCAAGUGAACCAAAGACUUCCACUUGAAAAUACUGAAUAGGUGACAGCAGACAUUACAAACCUGACCUUACGGACAUAGAUCUUUCCCUUCUAUUUCCACUAACCAAUGCUACAUAGCCUGGCAAAGUCAACCUACAUGUGCUCCUUUUGGCUUGAGUCAAAGAAAUUAAAGUAAUUCUACAAUGUGUGACUUAUUUGGGAAAGCUCUUCAAAACCAAACAGAUGUUGCUGAUUCUUCAAAGAAAAAAGUUAUCAAGAAAAUAUUUGGUGUGGACUAUUGUUAACGAGUGGCAUUUUCCAGUUUGCUAUCAAACAUUCCACACUACUACCCUUUCUACAGUGAGGAGGGUUGCCACUUGGUCGCUGAAAACUUCUGCAAAAAAUACAAAUAUGCAAGUUGUAGGAGUGACAGAAGUAUACUCAUUGAGUAGAAAGAAACUACUCUAACGGAGUGUGUGUGUGUGUGUGUGUGUGUGU